GAUGCAGAAGGAGGUGGAGAAAGAAAGGCAGGAAAGCAAAGCAAAGCAUUAAAGGAAAGGCGAGGGCAUGACGUGGACUUGUUAGGACUUAGGACCCGGUGCCCGCAAGCAACGGCCAAGAUUCUCUCUCACUCUCCUCCGUUUAUCUUCUCUCCUUGCCUUCCAUUUCCACUCGCUACCUCCAAAAUCCACUACUCUCUCUCUCUCUCAAUUUGUGAGGAUGUUGCUAGGGAAGCGUCCUCGAGCACCCAUCAGAAGAACCACAAGUAUGUCCGGCAUCACCGUUGAUAUUCCCGACAUGGGUGCCUCGGAGAUGGCGCCGUCGUCUGAAGAUAGCAGUACCCAAAACCACCACCAGAUGAUCGGAGAUCCUCAUCAUGCAGCUGUGGGAGCUGAAGAAGUGUGUCUAAAUUAUUAUAGUAAUAGUAAUGGCUUAUACGAUCAACGUUUCUUGGCAAGCAUGGUGUCUCCCAGGAUUAAUCAAAGGAGAAGCUCAGCUGGUGCUUUAUUGGAAACUGCUCAUUUCUUGAGAACUUGUGGCCUUUGCAACCGCCGCUUGGCUCAUGGGAAAGAUAUUUACAUGUAUAGAGGGGAUACGGCUUUUUGUAGUGUAGAGUGCAGAGAACAACAGAUGAAGAAUGAUGAGAUAAAAGAAAAGUGCAGUAGUCUGGCUAUGGCAUCAAAGAAAGAAGAUCGCCAUGCAUCAACAUCUUCAAGCUCCAAGGCUGCUGCUUCUAGGAAAAGUGAAACUAUGGCUGUUGCUUGACUUGAAGACUGUAGUCUUUUGGAGAGAGAAUUAAUGUCUACUACAGAAAGAAAGAGAGAGAGAUUUAUAUAUAUUUAUAAAUAGUGCCAUUAUUAGUCAACAUCAACUCCAUUGAUGCCCCCACGUUAUAUGAUGAGCUUUGAGGAAGACAAUAUAUUAUUACAUAAUAUAAUUAUUGUGUAAAAAAUAUGUAAAAAUUUAAAAAAAAAUUAUCCAUAGUGGGUGCACUUAUGUAUAUGGAUCGAUGUUAAUUAAUGAAAAUGGUCUCAUCUUUCUCUCAA